UAGCUUCAUACAUACGUCGUGUUGGUUAUUUUAUAUGCCUAGAUUUCUGCUGCAUGCUACUGCUUGCAAUAUUAAAGUAUCGUCAUCGAAGGAAGAUUUGACAUCCCAAGAAGUAUUUCAAUAUGUCGGACACGGAAGUAUCGACACGAUCCAUCAAACUGAGCCUAACAAAGAGUGAGAUCUUUGGUCUAGUCUUUCGGCUUGCUAUACUUGGUGUGUCCACGUACUACGGAGUACGAUGGAUAGUCAAAGCAAUGGACCCUACAAGGAAACAAAAACAAGAAGCAAAAGAACAGGCAGAGAAGUUAAUGAAGAGUAUCGGCGUCCAAGGAGUGAGUCUUAGCGAUUAUGAGAUGAGCAUCGCAGCUCAGCUCGUCGACCCACUGACGCUGUCAAUCACCUGGCAAGACAUCGGAGGCCUUGAGGAGAUCUGCUCCGAGAUCCGAGAAACAAUUCUGCUUCCAAUGAAGAAGAAACAUCUGUUUAAGGAGUCUGUGUUGAUGCAGCCGCCAAAAGGUGUGCUCCUCUACGGACCUCCAGGAUGCGGUAAGACUAUGAUUGCCAAGGCGAUUGCCAAGGAUGCUGGGUGCCGUUUUGUCAACCUCCAGGCCUCCAAUCUCACCGACAAAUGGUACGGAGAGUCGCAGAAACUUGCAUCCGCUGUCUUCUCAUUGGCCAUCAAGUUACAACCAGCAAUCAUCUUUAUCGAUGAGAUAGACUCGUUCCUGAGAUCAAGAGCAAGCCACGACCACGAGGCAACAGCGAUGAUGAAAGCUCAGUUUAUGACCAUGUGGGAUGGUCUCAUCACCGACACCAGUUGUGAGGUUAUUUUAAUGGGUGCCACCAACAGACCCAGAGAUGUAGAUCCAGCAAUAUUGCGGAGAAUGCCAACCACCUUCCACAUUGGCUUGCCUGGAAAGAGGGAGAGACAGAAUAUACUGAAAAUAAUUCUUCGAACAGAGAAGUUAGGAGAUGGCGUUAGUUUGAAUGAGAUUGCCAACCAAACAGACGGUUUCUCUGGGAGUGAUCUAAGAGAGAUGUGUCGUAACGCCUGCAUCUAUACUAUGAGAGACUUCAUCAGAGAUCAGAGAUCAUCAACAAGUGAGGAGUCCCAGGAUGACGCAGAAUCUCUCCGUCCCGUCUCGAUGGAUGACCUCAUGACCUCUCUUCAUAAGACACGAGAGACCAAGCAGCUACAGCCAGGAUCAAUCAGUCAAGCCAGUUCACUGCCCCUGGACUAGGAGCUUCCAGAAACCCUCGCCAAGGUUCGAGCAAGACGCCAGGUACCAGCCAAAAUCUGUUGAGCAAGGCACUUUAUCAUAAAUGCUUCUCUCCACCCUGGAGUACAAGUGAACAGCAGCGAGAGCUGGGGAGUAACUUGCGAUGGACUGGCAUCCUGUCCAGUGGGAACAGAAAUAUUCUCAGUCGUUUAAUUACCAAUUACUGGAUAAAAAAAAACACCAGCCUGAUGAGUCAUAUUGGCUCAGGACAGACUUGACUUUGAAUUCCCUUAACUUGGCUCAGAGGAGAUGUUAUGUGCCAACAAGAGUCUGUCAAGAAAUUCUGUUUUUGAAAUUAAGUUUUUGGGGAUGGAAACCCAUUGACAUUUCCUUGAUUUACCUAUGAGUGAGGUACCAUGGUCGGUGGGUGAAAUUGUAUUGGUGUUAUAAAAUUGUUAUGGAGAGUAACCAGUUCCUAUCCUAACACUAUGUUUGGCAGCGAGGAAGGGUUGAGAUGCGAGAUACCGACCAGUGUUGGUAACUUUUUGUUGGCUGUGAAUGGAGAACAAGUUUAGUUCUCCUUGAUGUGGCUACAUAGCAACGCUUCUUUUACAUGCCAGGUACCAUUCUUUUGUAAAUGAUAUGGGCGUUGGUUUCCAAAUUAUGCUCCAUUAAAACCAACAAAGAUUGAAUUCGGUAUUUAAAAAAAAGUAGCAGAAUAAAUGUGUGUUUAUCAAGCAGUACCGGAAAUGUUAAGUAUGCAAUAAAUUCAAUAGCCAUGAAUUGCCAUUUUUAUUUAAAUUGUUUGAUGAGAGCGAACAAAAUCACUAUAGGCAAAUGCAGAAUUCUGUGCUGUCUUAUUUAUAAUCCUAACUCCCCCCUUCCUUGAAAAAAUAUCAUAAUAAAAC